GAAUUUUACAUAACCUCAAAAAAAAACAUAACCUCUGUUAUAAUAAAAUUAACUUAAAAGGAUCAUAAAAUAUCAAUAUAAACAUGAAUCCUCUAACGAAUAUGAAAAAUGUGAAAAAAUUGAGCGAACAAGAACUUAAUUUCAAAAAUAAAACAUCCUGGCAUGAUCAAUACCGUUCAAGUGCAUGGAUUUUCGUCGGAGGAUUCCCUUACGAGUUAACAGAAGGCGAUAUAAUCUGCAUUUUUUCCCAAUACGGUGAAAUUGUGAAUAUAAAUUUAAUUCGAGAUAAAGACACCGGGAAAUCGAAAGGUUUUGGAUUUAUAUGUUAUGAAGAUCAACGUUCGACGGAUUUGGCGGUUGAUAAUUUUAAUGGAAUCAAAAUUUUAAAUAAAACAAUACGAGUCGAUCAUGUUACCGAUUAUAAAAUGCCUAAAGAUUCGAAAAAAAUUGAUAACGAAACUAGGAAAUUGCAUGAAGAAGGUUGCGCGCCACGAGUAGUUGAUGUUAAACCGGUUAUUAAACGGGAGGAUGAGUUUAGGGAGACUCUAGCUGAUCAAAUUGUUAAUGAUAUUAAAUUACCACCUCGGUUGCCCAUUUAUGUAACAGAAAUUAAACAAGAAAAAGUUGAUGAAGAAAAAACUGAAAGAGAGGAAAAGAAAGAUAAAAAGAAAAAGAAGCAUAAAAAGGAAAAGAAGAAGAAAAAGAGUAAAAAGAGGAGGAAAUCUAGUGAUUCCUCGAGCUCAGAAGAUGAUUUAGAUGAAAGAAAACAUAAAAAACGAUAGAAAUAUAAGUUUAUUAUUAAUUAAUUGCUUUAUUGA